AAAAAUUUAAACUCUUGAAAAUCGGAAAAGUCUUAAACUGAUAAUAUUUAGUAUAAUUGUAUCGUUUAAUGUAAUCGCGUGGCAAGAUAAAACAGUGGUCAGCUAUUUUCGGGACAUUGUAAUUAGCUAUUGUCGGAACAUUGUAGCUGUUUUUGGAACACUGCAAUCAGCUGUUUUUAGAGUAUCGCUGCGAUCAGCUGUUUUUAGAAAACGAAGUCAGUCGUUUCUUCGCGCGGUGGAUUUAUCUCACUCAUUUCCCUAAAUUAGUGUAUUUUGUUUGCGUGUUCCUGAUUUAUUACAAUGUGCAUAAUUUAGAAAAUACAUUAUGGGAUGCAGUUAAAAUGCAAAAUAUUAUAAUCCGAUAAAAACAGCACCGUUUGACACAUGUGUGCUAUAGGUUAGAAUUAACCUCGCAACUAACUGGCAGUAUAAAGUGUCAAAAUUGGGUUUUUUUACGGUAUUUAAUAAGAAAUUAAAACCCCUUAAAAUUGUGAUAAUGAAACGUAAAUUUGAAUCGGAUAUGAGUAAAUCAGCGACUUCAAAAAAAGGUCACUGGUCUGCUGGUUUACUUACAUCAAUGGAGGAUCCUGAAUGUAUGGUCAAGGAAGAUGAUAAAAUAGUUGUCAUUAAAGAUAAGUAUCCUAAAGCACAAUUUCACUAUUUGGUUUUACCAAAAGAGAAUAUCCUUUCCAUACGACAAGUGAAAAAGAAUCAUCAAGAUUUGCUAAUGCAUAUGCAUGAAGUUGCUCGUGGUCUUGUAGAAAAACACACAGAUCAUGAAUUCAUCAUGGGUUAUCACGCGAUGCCAAGUAUGCAACGACUACACUUACAUGUAAUAAGCACGGAUUUCUGUAGUCCUUGUCUUAAAACCAAGUACCACUGGAAUUCAUUUACGACACCGUUCUUUUUACAUUCGUCAGAUGUAUCCCGUCAAUUGCACGAGGAAGGCGAAGUCAAAAAUAUUUCUCCGCAAAAAUGCAAAGAUUAUUUAAAUACGCAAUUGAAAUGCCACAAAUGCACACUACAACCAAAAAAUAUGCCAGCUUUGAAAAGACAUAUAUUAACACAUAUUGAUAAACAAAAGCAAUAAAAUACUGAAUGCACGUAAAAUGUAAUCAAACAUUUUUCUCUUUGAUGUAUAAAUUAUUUCCAGAAAAUAAAUUAUUUUUUACAACACAUAAAUCGUGUAAAAAAAUUAUAUAUAU